AUGCAGGGAGCUUUGGCCCGACUGUGUGUGGUGGUGGCCGCUGCCAUCUUCAACCCUCUCCUCUACCCUCACGAGAACACCACCUUCCCAGACCAGGAUGACCAACUCCUGACUCGAAUGCGGGACCACGAAGAGCGACUCGCCAAAGAACAAGCUAAAUUAGAAAAGGAGAUUUCCCAACAGGAUCUCAAGCAAGAAACUCACACUGAAUUAGACUAUAGCUGUCACAAAUACGACUUCGAUCUGACUUUCCGCUAUCUGGACUCUGCUGGUGCCUUCAAAAUCCGACUCCCAUCAGGCAAAGCCAUCAUCCUUAAUCUCACUCCGGCACAAACCGGCCUGACGGGGAAGAGCGCUCUGACCGGCUAUCACUUCAAAACCGCUUUAUUUCACCUGCUGACAAACAAACGGCCUCACGCCUGGACUAUUGACCGCAUCGACCAAAGACUUCGGGAUGUGCUCGAUUUCGUGCAAAAAAGCCUAGAGGAGAAAAAACUCACUCACGCGGUGUUUGGAAACCGUAAAAUUCCCAAAGAACUUGAGAUUCCUGCUGUGUUUUUGAAAGCAGAUCCCGUGAACCUGUUUCGCUCUCUGGUACUGGACAGAAAGCUUUAUGAGAGCACUCGGACACAUUUUCAAGAGAUGUUGAAGAAUGCACCUGCGCUUCUGCAAGAAUAUGCACCGACCAUGACAAAUGGGGUCAUGCACCUCAGGCUGAAUGAAAUAUUAUGA